UUUGAUGAAGAGCUGCAGUCACCAGCAGGCAGAAUGUUGCGGCUUCGCUGUAAGACCAAAAAUGGGAGCCACAUAAUGCAAGGCUUGACUCAUCAGUCCUGUGUGCAAGAGCUCAAGAGGAAGGUGGAGGAGCUGACGGGGAUCCCAUGUGAUGUGCAGAAAAUCAUGGUCGGUUACCCUCCCUCCAGUCUCGAUCUUCGAAACGGAGAAGCUCACCUCAAGGACUACCCCAUCAAAUCAGGUGACACACUCAUUGUUGAGGAAGAGAAAAACAAGCCAAAGCCUCAGGAUCAUUCCACUGUGACUAAAGCACCGCGCCUGGAAGCCUUGCCCAUCCUGGCACGUCGAGUCGUCCCAGCUGACAACUCCUGCCUCUUCACCAGUGUGUAUUAUGUGGUGGAAGGCGGCGUGUACGAUCUCGCUUGUGCCCCCGAAAUGCGAGGCCUCAUCGCUCAAAUCGUGUCGAGCGACCCGGCGGCGUACUCCGAAGCGGUGCUGGGAAAGACCAACGAGGAGUAUUGCUCUUGGAUAAGACGCGACGACACCUGGGGGGGAGCCAUCGAGGUGUCCAUCCUGUCCAAGUUUUACCAGUGUGAGAUCUGCGUGGUGGACACUCAGACGGUCCGAGUGGAUCGAUUCGGGGAGGACGCCGGAUACCACAAACGCGUGCUGCUCAUCUACGACGGCAUCCACUACGACCCACUGCAGAAAGAGACCCCCGGUUCUGACGCCCCGCCCCAGACUAUCUUCUCCACCACGGAUGAUGUAAUCCUGGCUCAGGCCCUCGAGUUGGCAGACGAGGCUCGCCGCAAGCGGCAGUUCACGGACGUUAACCGCUUUGCGUUGCGCUGCAUGGUGUGCCAGACGGGCCUGGUGGGACAAAAGGAAGCCAGAGAGCACGCCAAGGAUACGGGCCACACCAAUUUUGGCGAAGUGUGAAAGUCGUUUCCCCUCUCUCACAAAAAACAACCACCAACCCCGUGCCCCACAUCUGGCGACUCUGUUGGUCUACUUGUCUGCUUGUGUGAUCCUCUACCUCACAUUGUCCAGUGACAUCUAUGGAGAAUCUGCAGACUGCGUGUUAAGUCUCUAACCUGUUCAGUAUUACCUUUUUUAAACUGCUGUCAGUUCUCAAAAAUCAGAAACACUACUGCAAACGCUCCGAUGUCAUUAAACCAUCGUUUUAGUCUAAUCUAGGGAUGGUUUCAACUCCGUUAAACUGGGUCAAGUACAAUUUGCAAAAGAAGUUCUUAGGAUUUGUUUUAAACAGUAAAGAUUUCUCUGUGUGUGAGACAAAGCUAAUAGUGGCUAAUGUGUCUUCAAUUAGAAAAAUGAAU